AUUAAAUUCACGCAAAAAACAGAAUGAAAAUGAACUCCUCUUUCCUUCCAAUAAUUCUCCUUUCUCUCUUCCUUUUCCUUUCCUUUCCCUCCUUUUCACUCUCAGUAAGAUGCAAUCCAAAAGACAAACAAGUCCUUUUACAAAUCAAGAAAGACUUGGGCAAUCCUUACCACUUAGCCUCAUGGGAUCCAAACACAGAUUGCUGUUACUGGUACGUCGUAAAAUGUGACCGGAAAACCAACAGAAUAAAUGCUCUCACUGUCUUCCAAGCCAAUAUAUCCGGUCAAAUACCGGCAGCUGUCGGCGAUCUCCCUUAUCUUGAAAUCUUGCAGUUUCAUCAUAUUACUAAUCUCACAGGAACCAUUCAACCUACUAUUGCUAAGCUCACUAAUCUCAAACAGUUAAGACUAAGCUUUACUAAUCUCACUGGCCAAAUACCUGAAUUUCUUAGCCAACUCAGGAAUUUAACUUUACUUGAGUUAAAUUAUAACCAGUUUACUGGAACAAUCCCAUCAUCAUUUUCUCAACUACCUAAUUUAUUAGCAAUUCACUUAGACCGUAACAAACUCACUGGACAAAUCCCAGAAUCAUUUGGGAAGUUCAAAGGUGGACAAAUCCCUGAACUUUACCUGUCACAUAAUAGCUUAACAGGACCAGUACCAAGGUCUUUAGGUGAUUUGAACUUUACAAGACUUGAUUUCUCAAGAAACAAGCUUGAAGGUGAUGUUUCUUUCUUGUUUGGGAAGAACAAGACAAUUCAGGAUAUCGAUUUGUCCAGGAAUACAUUGGAGUUUGAUAUUUCCAAAUUGGAGUUCCCUGAGAGUUUAACAUCGUUGGAUUUGAACCAUAAUAAGAUUUAUGGUAGGUUACCAGAAGGAUUGAAAGACUUAGAGUUACAGUAUUUGAAUGUGAGUUAUAAUAGGCUUUGUGGAGAGAUACCACAAGGUGGGAAGUUGCAGAGCUUUGAUGUUUACUCAUAUUUGCAUAACAAAUGCCUUUGUGGCUCUCCCUUGCCGGACUGUAAGUAAGUCCGGUGACCGGAUAAGUAUAAUGGAGUCUUUUAGACUGUACUAGCUCAAUAAUUGGUGCAUCACAGCUGAUUGAACUUUCACGUGUAAUAUCAAGAUAAUGUUUCGUAUUUUUCAUUUAAGUUUUACUCCCUUAUUUA